AUGCCGGACCAGGCCACCGAUCGGAUGGAUACCAAUGAUAUCAAGACGGAAAAUCAGACUGGCACCAAGGAUAUCGAACCGAAAACGGAAAUCAAGCCCAGAUCCAACUCGAUCAAGCCCAGAUCAAACUCGAUCCCGUCAAAGAACCCGACGCAAAACUUCCGAUCUGCCCGACGGAGGGCGUCGGACAACGAGAUCCGCCGGCAGCAGGAGCUACAGCGACCACCCCACGGGAUGCUGAGGGCGAUGAGGGGAUAUAUUACCACGAUUGUGGCGAUCUCGCAGCGGAAGAUCUUGAAGGAAACCUGGCUAUCGUCCCCGAAAUCCCGAUCUCGACGACUGCGAAGGCUCCGGCAGCUAAUCUGGAAGAAGCGACAUCAUCUAAUCGGCAAAGGGAAUGCCUUACCCCCGGCAGCCAAGGGUGUCGUAUGCGAUAUCGAUGUUGGAAAUGCGAAACCAAUCGCACUACAAACCCGGAAAGUGCCCACACCAUUUCGUGAAAAAGUCGCAGGCCUAAUCAACGGCCUCCUGGCAGCCGAGAUCACCCGACCCUCGACAUCGCCAUGGGCCUCACCGAUCGUGAUUGUUCGCAAGAGUAACGGUGUGGAUAUCAGGUUGUGCAUUGACUACAAGUUGGUAAACAGCCUCACGAGGUUGAUGGUCUAUCCUAUGCCCCUGAUCACCGAUCUGCUAGAAGAUCUGGAUAAACCACUAUGGUACUGUUCGCUGGAUAUGGUCAGCGGCUUCUGGGUCGUGCCCAUGACGGAUCGGGUUCGCAAGAGCUCAGCCUUUAUCACCUCGUUUGGAUUAUUCGAGUGGAGUCGCAUGCCAUUUGGUCUAAAAAAUGCCCCGCAGAUUUAUCAACGCCUCGUAGACAACGCGUUGUAUGGAUUUUUGAAGAUCUCGCCAUCAGGCGAAGCUGAAACAACAACGGACGUGUUCCAGACCGGGAUCGCGGACGAUCCUGAUCGGGACUCAGUGUUGGGACGGAGAUCAUACAUUGAUGACAUCAUGAUCGCAGCGGGAUCGUGCCAAAGAGUAGAGGAUCUGUUGGAGGCUUGCGAUAAGUGGAAUUUGUCGAUCAGUGUAGCCAAGAGGUUUUGGGGCAUGGAUAAUGUGGGAUAUCUGGGACAUCGAGUGUCGAUCGGA